CCCGCUGCCCCACGCUGUCAGGAUGGAGGGGGCUCCUCUUCGACCUUCUUUUCUUUUGCUUCUUCUGCUCUUACAGCCUGGAGAGUACUCCAGAGCGGCUGAAGAUGAGACGGAGCUGACUGGGAUUCUGGGAGGGUCGGUCACUUUCCCCCUGAGGAUCCCAGCAGAACAGAAAUUUGAAAACGGGGCCUGGAUGGUAAACACAAGCAGUCUAGUCACCGUCAUGGCAGGGAGACCUCCCCGCGUCCUGGUGUUUGACUCAUCCUACAAGGGACGCCUGCGAUUCUCUGAUGAGAGCUACUCGCUUCAGAUCACUGACCUGAGACUGGAGGACACAGGCAGCUAUUCCGUCGAAUUCAACACAGACAAAGAGCAAUUCGCCUACAGAGAAUUCACGCUGCGCGUGUCCAAGGGACAACUGCCACCUACCAUCGCCUGUGACUCAGUGGCCUGUGAGGAUGAUGCCUGUAUCUACACCCUGCGCUGCGCCAUCAGGAAUGGAAGGGAAAAUGUGACCUACAGCUGGAGUAAUGCCACCAGCAGCGUUCUGUCCACCGACUCCAUUGUGCACAUCCCUCAGCGGCACCAGGCCGCUCGUGAGAGCGUCACCUGCACGGCACGUCUCCCUGACAGGAACAGCUCUACGACGGUGUCCCCAAAGGAAUUCUGCGCAGAGCAAGUGCCGGUGACGACAAUUGUCUGUGACUCGGUGACCUGUGCCAAUGGAACCUGUCACUACAGCAUGCGCUGCGUGGCUGGGGAGAGGGGGGGACGUGUGGCUUACAGCUGGACUCAGGACAACAGCAGCGUGGUCAUAUCCACCAGCCCCAUUCUGCGCGUCUCUAUGAGACCUUUCGAGACUCUCCCAGCCAUCAUCUGCACAGCCCAGCACCCCGCAAGUAACAGCUUCAGGCUGAUCUCCCCGAAGGACCUGUGUCCAGGUAACCCCCCGGAUUCCCCACUAGACCGGUCCCUGGCCUCGUCGCUGUCCUACCACCUCAUCAUCCUGCUGCUGGCGCUGGGAGCCCUGAACGCCGGGGUCAUCGCAUAGCACGGCGUCCCCGGCAGGGAGCAGAGAUGGGACCAAGACCAGAGGAGCUGCCACUGCGACUGCCAAUCCCGCCUGGGAGUUCCCCUGCCCACCAGACCAAGGGAUAUUUUGGGGGAAGAGGAAGACACACUCACUUGCAGCUUCCAAAGGGUUAAUGUCACUGCGUGGGGAUCGAAGCAGAAACACUGGGUCUGGCCAUGGGGCUGCGAACCCUCUGAGCCUACGGUGGAAUUGUGGCUCUCAUUAGUCACCUAAAUAUCUGGGAUUGGUUGUAUUUUCAUACUGAGGCUAUCUGGUAACAGUGAGUUCCACAGGUUAACCCCCCCCCCAUAAAUAAAGUCUCUGCCGUUUUAC